ACUCUGCAACUGAUUCCUUGAAUUUCAAUUUUUAUAACCAGAAGCGUUCGACCAUGGUUGAAUUUACUUUAUUUGUUCUUAUCUGUCGAAUCAAGUUGUUUGUAUCUUCAGAAAAUAAUAAAUGAUUCUACAAGUAGCAUACGGCAGUGAAACGGGAUGCGCAGAAGACGUUGCAACAAACUUACACAGGCGGCUGAAGUACUACCUGGAUCCCGACGUUGAAAGCAGAGUAUGCUCACUGAAUGAUUAUCAGUUUGUUUUUCCUUCGGUCGCAAUCAUAGUUUGCUCAACCUGUGGUCAGGGCGACCCUCCAUUGAAUGCUAAAUCUUUUUGGAAAUCAAUAAUGAGUCGCAGUUGUCCCCAGGAUCUUUUCAGUGACGUCGAGUACUCUCUUCUUGGUCUAGGGGAUUCAGCAUACACCAAGUUUAAUUUUGUGGCAAAAAAGUUGUUCAGGAGAAUACAAAUGUUGAGAGGGAAGUCAAUUUUCGAUCUUCAACUCGCUGAUGAGCAACAUGAACAUGGAUCUGACUUUCAGAGUGAAAUUUUUAUCGCUGACUGUUUAAAAGCUCUCUCAACGAGGUUUAAUUUUCAACUUGAAUCUCCAACUAUACCUCUUGAAUUGCCGCUUCCAUGUACAAUAAAGCUUAAAUAUUUACCAACUACUAAUGAAGACAAUGCAGCAGCUGAAAUUUCUUGGAAGCAUUGUUGUCCUUAUAAAGGAAGUCUUGACAGUGUUGCUCGAGUUACGUCCGAGGAUCAUUUUCAGAAAACAAUCUUGGCCAGAAUUUCAUUUGAGUCAUCCAAAAAAUCAGAAUCAAUGAAGCCUGGCGAUGUUUUGGCAAUCCAACCAGUCAAUCCCAUCAGUUGUUUCAACUUGUUUUGCGAACUUUUCCCUCAAAUUUCAAUGGCUAGUAAAAUUAUGAUUGCUGAUAUAUCAGAUCAAUGGAUUAGUAUCGAGUAUUUAAUAACUAAUGUUCUUGAUUUAAUCUCAAUACCGCGGAGAUCAUUUUUCGAAGUUAUGUCUAAAUUAUCUAACGAUGAAGACGAACGAGAAAAGCUCAUGGAAAUUUUCACGGACCAGGAAUUGUUCUACUCUUACUGUUGCAGGCCGAGAAGAUCAAUUCUAGAAGUGUUUCGAGACUUCCCGAAAACUACUUCCAGUCUAAGUUUGGAACGAAUCAUCGAGUAUGUUCCACGAAUUAAAGAACGUAACUUUUCAAUGGCCUCUGUUAUAACAAAACAGGGCACGGACUCUAGUUUUGUGGAACUAUUAGUUGCAGUCGUUAAAUUUCAGACAAAAAUACAACAGCCUCGACUAGGGUUGUGCUCGAAUUUUUUGGCAGAUUCCGAAAUUCCUCAAAAAGUUAUGAUCGAUUUCAGAAAAGGGUCGUUCUCUCUUCCCCAGAAUCAGGAAACCCCUUUGAUUAUGAUCGGACCCGGGACCGGUGUUGCGCCGUUUCGAUCUGUUGUUCAGCACAGGAAUGGAAGGAAAUGUUUCCUGUUUUUCGGUUGUCGACACCCAGAAAAAGAUUUCUACUUCAAAGAAGAAUGGAGGACAAAUUUCCCGGAUUUGAAAGUCUUUCCAGCGUUUUCAAGAUACCUGACCGAUAAAGUUUGCUACGUUCAGCAUAAACUCAUUGAAGAAAAGCAACUAGUUUGGAAGUUGAUAAGUAAUGAAGACGCUUUUGUGUAUCUUGCUGGUAGUUCAAAGCAAAUGCCAAAAGACGUGAAAGAGGUGCUAGUUGAAAUUAUUGCCGACUUAUCCGAAACAUCGCUGGAAGAAGCUAAGUUAUAUUUAGAAGGCAUGGAAAAGUCGCGAAAGUUUCAAGAAGAAACCUGGUAAUUUACUCCCUUGUUUAAAUUGAUUGGAUUGCAAAAUAACCAGAUUACUUUAAUUGUUGAAAUUGUAUAAAACAUUUAGUGAAUAAGAUCGUGACAUUAUUGUUUCUACCACUGAAAGUGGGGAUGAAAUUUGUAAUCGGAUGUGUUUGUUUUUAGCAAAAUCAGGUUACCAAAAUAGUUAUCAUAAUAGGACGAGUGAUUAAUCAUACCGAAGCAUUUUUGAUUGUUGAAAGAAAUUUUUUAUAAGGUUUUAGAAUUGUCGAGAAAAACUGGUGUAAAAAUUUUGUUUUUAUUACAAUUUAGACAGUGUAAAACGAACG